AUGUCUGACACUAAGCCCUCUGCGCCAGUGCCCCCGACUGAGCUGGGCCGGUACCGCAUCCUCUCAUCUACGGCAGGAAUCCGCGUCUCCCCUCUGCAGCUCGGGGCCAUGUCUAUUGGCGAUGCCUGGUCCAAUGUCUUAGGCAGUACAGAUAAAACCCAAUCGUUUAAACUGCUCGACGCCUUUGUCGAAGCCGGUGGUAAUUUCAUCGACACCGCCAGUAACUACCAAAAUGAGCAGUCAGAAGAGUGGAUUGGCGAAUGGAUGGCCGAGCGCGGCAACCGGGACCAGCUGGUCAUUGCUACCAAGUAUACGUCGAACUACCGCUCGUACGCAGUUGGCAAAGGCAAAGCGCCCAAUAGCCACGGCAACCACCGGCGCUGUCUGCACGUGAGUGUGCGCGACUCUCUGAAGAAGCUCCGCACCGACUGGAUCGACAUCCUGUACCUGCACUUCUGGGACUACACGACGUCGAUUGAGGAAGUCAUUGACAGCCUGCACGUGCUAGUUCAGCAGGGCAAGGUGCUGUACCCGGGCAUUUCGGAUACGCCGGCCUGGAUCGUGGCAGCCGCCAAUGAGUAUGCGAAAGCGCACGGUAAGACGCCGUUUAGCAUUUACCAGGGGCGCUGGAAUGUACUUCGUCGUGACUUUGAACGCGAGAUCAUUCCCAUGGCACGCCAUUAUGGCAUGGCGCUUGCGCCCUGGGACGUGCUCGGUGGCGGGCAUUUCAAGACAAAGGAAGUGCUUAAGGCGCGGCAGCGCAGCGGCGAGGGCGUGCGCUCCUUUAUGGGUGGCGUAACAGAGGCCGAAGAGCGUAUCAGCGCUGCUCUCGAAAAGGUCGCCGAGGAGCACGGCAUCAAGUCUCUAACUGCUGUAGCGAUAGCGUACGUCAUGGCCAAGACGACGAAUGUCUUCCCGAUAAUCGGCGGCCGGAAGGUCGAGUACCUGCAUGACAAUAUCCAGGCGCUGAAGAUGCGGCUCACUCCAGAGCAGAUUGCCUACCUGGAGAAUAGCAGCCCGCUCGACAUCGGCUUCCCGACCAACUUCAUCGGCGAGGAUCCGCACGUCAAGGGUGAAUCGGGACCGGAUCACGUUUCCAGUGCUCCAAUGGCUUGGGUCAAGUAUCCCAAGUCUAUCGAUCAGGCGUAG